AUGAGUACACUGUGCUACGUUUAAAGUUGCGGCGAAUACGAACUGAACAGAAUCGCGCGUCUGUUUGUCUGUCUGUCUGGCCGCCUGCCUGUCUGACUGAAUGUCUACCUUUGCUGUCGAAAAUUUUCGUCUUUUGCCUCUCGCCUCUGACUAAAUAGGUGACGCGGUGGUUUGCGUGGCAACUUGAAAUUUGUACGUGAGUGGAAAAUUUCUAACAACAAACAUAUUUGUACCAACAUCGUAGUCGGUGAGGAACAACAGCGAUAACAGCAGUAGCAAUAAAUGAGUUAAACUACCAAACACAAACAUUUGAAAUCGAAAUCGUGAAAAAUAUCAAAAUCAAAUGACUCAUUCAAAAUAAUUGCCGAAAAACUGAAACAAAAAAAGCAAAGAAUAUUUUUGUAAUUAAACAGUUUUCUAUUGACUCGCACGUCCACCAUUUUUAUACAUGGCCGUCAAAUCAGCGCCCGUUUACCUGCCUCCACGCUGAAUAAUCGAGAGACCGAGCCCAACCAAAAUAUUGCCACUAAACAGUUUUUACCAGCAGCAACUACGACGCUAUUGUCUGUUGGUGGAGGUUAAAUUCCUUUUUCUACAUCACCCCCAUCAGUCAACUAUUAACUACUUAGCUCUAUGCUCAGCAGUAAAAACAAAUCUACAUUGCAAUUGCUGUAAUAAUCGUUACGAAGCGCUACUGUCUACGACGACGACGACGACGACGACGACGACGACUACUACUACUACAAUAACCCCAACAACAGCGAGGACGAUGGGAAAAGCCCUUAAUCGACGACGUACAGUGGUUUGAGCAUACAAAUAGCGAUAACAUAGUGCAAUAACAACAAGCAAAGUUUAGACGAACGAAAGCACAUACGACUACAGUUUGCAGAAAAGGCGUCACCGUACUUGCCACACUCAACGCGAGGCAGUCGUAGUGACAAGAACACAGCAACGCCAAUAAAAAAAAUCAGCAGUUAUAUAGGAGCAACAUUUGAAGCAGAGUUGGAGAGUCAGCAGUAGUGAAAGUUAGUACCAACCACUAGCCAGCAGCAACUAAAAAAAAAAAACACACACACACACACACACACACACAAGAAUACAACCUUAGGCUGGUAAAGGCAAAGCUCUAUCAUAGACCACUGAUAAGAAGAACGAACGGCCAGUGGGACAAGCGCACAGUCAGUAGCAUACACAGAUCACGGAAGCGCCUAGAAACUUUAAAGGUAGAUCUCCAAGAAUCACUUCACUGUCAGCGAGUUCACCUGCUCGAAUUUAGUUAAAGGAAAAAACUUAAACAAGAAAACAUAAAACAGUUGACGAUUUGCUUAUCAACCAACCGUAAUUUCUUCUACUCUGCACCCUUUAUUUCCGUUUUAGUGCGCUUGACGCCUUCACUUUGCUGAUAAACGAGCAUUUAAUUAUCAGCCUCUGUUAUCAACGCGUUUGUGCUCAUCUCCGGAUUUCCGUUUCCGCGAUAGUAGAAAAAGGAAUACAUAUAAGAAAAAAGUGUUGUUCACUGGAAAACCGCAAUUUUUUUUUAAAGCAACCACUUGCCUGCGAACAGUUUAUCGUCGUCUAUGGCAUUAUUGUUGUCGAUGCUGUGCUUAUCAAAACAGUGACAUCAUUUUUACAAAAUAAACAAUAAAAUAACAUACCUAAGUAUAUAUAAACAAAAAUUUUUUAAUUAACAGCGAAGAUUUGUGUUCUUUUUUUGUUCAAAGAAUUUUACGCAAACCAACAAUUAUCGGCAAUAAAAUAAAAAUGUGCCAUUUUCGGAGCUGAAGAUCUUUUAAAGUGAGCGAUAACAGUAUUUUUUUUUUCGUUGAAAGAGCGACUAGCAACAAUAAUAAAGGAAACGCCUGAAAAUAGACAUUAAAGCUGCCAAAGAUGUUCUCCAUGUGUUCCAAAGUGAAGCCACGAAACUCAACAGUGAAUACACAACAACCAACGGGUACUGUUGGGAAACAGAUCAAAGGAGGCUACUUGUUGCGAUACAAAAAGCAAUUGCUGUGGAACCGCUGGGUCGAGGAAUGGGUAGUGCUGUACGAUGACUCGACAAUGGCUUGGUUUACGGAACCUGGGAGAUCAUCGCCAGCUGGUAAAAUCCUAGUCAAAGAAGCGCCCGAGAUGUUGGCCAUUGCACAUUGGACUGGGCAAAUACCACGACGCCCACCACUGCCCGAAGGUUGCAGUGUAUCACAGUUGAUUGCAUUGGGUUCGAGGAGAAAACGUUCCAAAGUCUAUUGGAUGUUGGCCAAAUCUGAACAGGAAGUCAGUGAAUGGGUUGACGCCAUAACUAAGACGCUGCCUCCGCCACCCCAAAUAGAGCUCGUAGUUGACAAGCCGCAUCUUAUGAAUGUCUUACGCCGGCCAUUAGUGCGCAUACGACCGGCCACAACGUCCGAGGUUAAACAACGCAAAACUUCGGCACAUAGAAGUAGCAGCGCCCAUCCAGCUUUGGCCCACCAUCGCACUUUCUACGUUCAAAAUCCGCUGGUGAAGAGUGAUGCCGCUGUAGCCAUUUUGAGCAAAAGGCCGGACUCGAAGCCAGCAUUGGCAUGCGCACUGCCUUGGGGACACGGUUGGGGCUGGGCCACUUUGCCGAAUGGAGUGUGGAGCGGCGGUCUGACUUGGUCGCAGUGUGAGGAUACUUUUACCUUACAUGCACUGCCCACCACGCACUGCACCAAUCUCGUGGACACGUCAUGUAGUGGGGCCGUCUACCACACUGAUAUCGGUGGCUUUGAUUUCCAUUCGACUGGCGUUGAAGACUUAGGCGGCGAGGACUUUGAUUAUGCCAUGGAUUGCGGAGACUUCAUAUUUUAAACGCUGCUAACAGAAUCGAGCCCAUUAUUAGCUAUAGAUAUAUGUAUGUACGUAGCAGGUUCAGGCGAAGCAUCACCAAACAAACGAAAGAAAAAUUAAAUACUGGAAGAAUUAUAACCACCCCACCCUAGAAAGCGAGUGCUUUAAACACUCAAACGCUUAUAAGUUAAAUAAAUUUAGAUUUUCGUAAGGCUCAAGAAACGUAAGUACAUACAUGAAUAAAAUGGACUCACCUUCCACUUUGAAGUAUUUUCACACUUUCGCUGCACCCGAGUCAUAAGAUCGAGCCAAGCUGCAAAUGAAAAACAAUAAAAAAAGAAAAAACAAGAACAAAAACGAAACACAAAAAACAUAUAGAAUUAUUGAAUUAAAUGUUAACUAAAUUACGGGUAAAUACGAGAACGAAUUUCAGUUGAGUUCUCAACUGCGUGACAAUUUCGAUUUUUUGCAUUUUAUAGACGUGUUCGUUAAAGCGAAACGACCUGCGGCGAGUAUAAUGCGGCGAACUGUAUAACUUACUAGCCCAAAUACAAAUAUGAGUAUUCCAAUGGAUUUCAAAUGAUGCCAAAUUUUUGUAAGACGCCACAAAAAAUGUGUAGCAGGGACAAAAGAGACGAUGCGUGCCACGUUUAGGCGCCGAUUGCACCUAAGGGCCGUGAAGUUGGGAAUUAGUUUUAAAUACAUACUUACAUAAAUGUGUAUAUUUGUAGGGAUGUUUACACACAACGUCGUCAUAGUUGUAGUUGAAAUUUAACCAAUCAUAGCGCAUACUAAAGAUUACAAAAAAAAAAAAUAAAAAAUGAAAAUUCGUGAAAGUUACAACACUGAAAACCCAAAAGUUGUAGCGAAUUAGGUAAAGGAUAGCAACUUGUGCAGACAGAAAGUGUUUAUUUUCAUGUGAAUAUGUAUGUAUGUGAGAAACAUAUAUGUAUGUAUGUAGAAGAAGCAAAGAAUUUAGAAACAAUAGUAAACUUUUCAGAAAAAUAUAAAAAAUCCCAAAAAAAAAAUUAUGUGGUAUUUGUAGGUUACCAAGCAAAGAACAACAAAAAAAACAAAAAUACACAUUGAUCUGCCAAAUAAUUUUGAAAGAUGUAAAAAGUAGGUAUGUAUUGUAUUGAAAUAUAAACAUGAAAAAAAACAUAAGCAUAAACAUAAACAAGGAAUCGUUGUACACAAGGAAACGCCACCAAGCAACAAUGCGAAACACACGCAAAAUUUAAUUGACAAUGCAAAGUUUUUUGAAAUGCCGAAUUGAUUAUAGAUUUUUUAAAUGAUUUUUCGAUUUUUUACUGUUUUUACGUAUCGAGAGAUAAAAUUAUUACUGAAAAAAAAUAAAUAAAAAACAAAACCAAAAACCAAUUGAAAAAAGUAAGAUUAGUGUAAUUUUAGUAUCAAAAUAGGCAAACCAAGAGCAACAUGCUGGCAAUGUUCUCCGUUAAAUAUUAAAAUCAAUUGUCAAAUUUACUUAGUACAUAGGGUUAAAAAAUAUGACCAAAGAAGAAAAAUUUGUAUGUAGAAAAAAAAGAAACAAUAUGAAAAAAUUAUGGAAAAUUUCAUGCACAUUCAAAUCUAAAAAGUGCAAAGUACAUACUUGCGAAAAAUGUAUGCAUGUGGGGUAACGACUACCGAAAAUUAAAAAUAAAUGUACGUGCAACAGCUAAAAAACCAAAACACAAAAACCAAAACAUGUGUAAGAAUAUAAAUACGGCACAACAACCAUAAAAACAGAGUUUCCGAGCANAAAAAAAAAAAAAAAAAAAAAAAAAAAAAAAAAAAAAAAAAAUAUUAAACUUAAGUAGAAAUCCACCAACCACGAACACCAACCAAAACAUGGCAAUACAUGGCAGAGAACGACGAGAAUAUGCAAACAAUGAAAAGGAGUAAUGUUACGUAGUAGAUACAUAUCUCUCGUCUGCUCAGAAACACAAGACUAAAUGCAAAAACCCAACAAAAAUAAAAAUUAUUGGUAAUUGGUUGACGGCUGAUGAUCGCCUGCAACUAGUGUUCCUUCCUACACCAAAAAUAACCUCAACAGCACCAACAAUACAGACACAACAGAUCUCUUCGUUACAUGUACAUAUGUAUAUACAUACAUAAUUGCAGCCUGGGCAUUAUUGACACGAAAUCAGCGAAACGUAAUAAGUAUUACCGUGAAUAUCUAUGUGCAUUGGGGUGGUCCUUAAAUGUAGGAAGCAUAUUUUUACAUUAGAUUUCCUAAGCCUCAACCCCUACGUCAAUGCUACUAUAGGCGAAGAUAUCACAUAUAAAUUUUGGUCCCGAUUGGAGACGGUUGAGGCGUGCCGCACAGGGAGCAAAGUUCAGAUGCCUCAAUGGAGACUCAAAAAAUU